AUGUUCAUCAAGGUUUUAACCAUCGCAGCUUGCCUGUUUGGAGUGGCUUACGCCGGAGCCCUUCACAACGCAGCUCUGAACUACGCUGGCGGCAGUGGCUAUGGUGGUUACGGGUAUGGGGGCUACGGACACGGCUAUGGAGGCUAUGGAGCAGGAGGCUAUGGCGCCGGCCCCGCCAUUUCACACACAUCGGUAACUAAAGUGAUUCCUGCCGACAACACAGCAUACGGCGGCUACUCAGGAGUUGGUCACCUUGGCUCUGGAUACUCUGGAAUUGGCCACGGCUCUAGCUACUCCGGCUUAGGCCACAUCGGUGCUGGAUACUCCGGGUUAGGACACAGCGGUUCUGGUUACUCUGGACUUGGACACAUUGGCUCCGGAUACUCCGGUGUUGGCGGAUACUCUGGCUAUGGCAGUCAUGGUCUCGGUGCUGGCUAUGGCAGCUAUGCCAGUGGUUACGGCUCAGGAGCUGGAUACUCUGGUCUUGGAUACAAUGGAGCUCCUGCCGUAUCCCAAGUUUCAGUAUACCGUGAGCACAGCAACACUCAUGGCGGCGCUUACCUGAAUGGUGGAUAUGGAGGAUAUGGCGCUAAUGCUCUUGGUCAUGGCUAUGGCGCGUACGGAAACAAGCAAGCUUGGUAA